AUGAACAUGAAGAAGAUUUUCAUCCUUCUGCUGACUCUGUAUUUGGUCUUCAGUGUCCAAACCAUUCGAGAGAGUAUCCCUAUGAAGAGCUUGAACUGCUAUAAUGACUACAACUCACAGGUGACCUGCACAUGGAUGGAACACGCAGAGGCUCAUGCGCUCAUUGGUAUGAUUCUUUACCAAAGGGAUAAUAUUAUAAUGGAGAACAAGGAGAUGUUUUGCAAACGCCAGACAGAAAAUUACUUACAUGAGGCUCCAGAUUCCUAUGUGCACUGGGUUUGUCGCAAUACUACAAACAAUUUUGGAAUAGGGGUGGAUGAUAUUUACAGCUUCAGACCUAACAAGAUACUUCAGGCAGAACUAAAUGUUGAUCUUUUCCAAAAUGUUCAGACCCUCCCACCUCAAAACCUCUCAGUCAGCUUGAUGAGAUCAGGAGACGUCUUGCUGACCUGGAAAGCAGCUGACAGAAGCCAAGGGCUGGGCAAUGCACUGGAGUAUGAAGUCACUUACAAGCAGGAGUGGGAGUCCUGGGAGAAAGCUGCCUCACUCUUGCUCUCCAACACCACACGUUGCCAACUCAGCCAUAAGGACCUUGUCCCGGGAAGCAGCUACGUUGCCCGUGUGCGAGCCAGACCAGGGCAGGACAGUGGCUUCUCUGGGCAGUACAGUGAGUGGAGCAGGGAGGCGUCGUGGGACAACCCUGAAGGUGGCCUUCAGCCCAGGAACCUUCGCUGCCUCUUCAAUGGUGCAGAUCGUCUGACAUGCAGCUGGGAAGUGAAGAACGCGAUCACCACCUCUGUCAUCUUUGGCCACUCCGGCAUCAGCGUAGGUGCUCUGCCAUGGCAGCGUGCCUGCACCUCUGCCGUGGAAGAAGAGGAGUGCUCCCCUGUACAUGAGGAGUCUUUGCCCCACAGCCCAUAUGUGGUCCAGAGCUGUGAGAUCCCCGUGAGCAACUCCAGCAGCCAGAGCCAGUACCAUGUGUCUGUCCGGGCCAAGACAGAGGAGAAACUGAUUGAAGCCUUCAGGAACAGUGAGUUGCUGUGUUGUUUCUUGCUUCUGCUGGUUGUUUCUUGGAGAGAUGCCUGGCUGGGCAG